ACGAAAAUUGAAGGCUUUAAAUCAACGACAGCGAAAUGUCUACGUCGCCAUCCAUCACCCAACUCGAGGUGGAGAACGUUACCUUCCCUCCAUCGGUGAAGCCUCCGGGUUCCACCAACACUCUGUUCCUCGGUGGCGCAGGAGUGAGAGGGUUGGAUAUCGGAGGAAAGUUCAUAAAGGUCACCGCGAUCGGAGUGUACUUGGAAGAUAACGCAGUGAAGUGCCUUGCCGCUAAGUGGAAGGGUAAGAAUGCCGCGGAGUUAGCGGAAUCCGUCGAGUUUUUUAGAGACAUCGUCACAGGCGACUUUGAGAAGUUCAUACAGGUAACAAUGAUCCUGCCAUUAACGGGUCAACAGUACUCUGAGAAAGUAGCGGAGAAUUGCGUUGCCAUCUGGAAAUCUCUUGGAAUCUACACUGAUGCAGAAGCAAAGGCCAUUGAAGAAUUCCUUGAGGCCUUCAAGAAUGAAAACUUCCCACCUGCCGCCUCCAUUCUUUUCACAGUAUCACCCGGCGGUUCUGUAACAAUUGGAUUUUCCAAAGAUAUGUCAGUGCCGGAAGCAGGGAACGUGAUAGAGAAUAAACAACUAGGAAAUUCAGUGCUGGAGUCCAUCAUUGGUAAGAAUGGAGUUUCUCCAGCAGCAAAGCAAAGCUUGGCGUCCAGAUUCUCACCAUUGUUGAAUGAGAGUCUUAACUAGAGUUUCACUGUCUCCUUCGGACCAGCCGAUGUUGUUGUUUUUAAAAUCUUA